GGUCUGUGGCUGAGUGGUUGAGCACUUGGCUUCUAAACCUAGGGUCCUGGGUUUGAAUCUCGGUGAAGACUGGAAUUUUAAACGUUAGGAUUUUUUGGGCGCCCCCUGUUGUCUACCCAACUCUAAUGGGUACUUGACUUAAGUUGUGGAAAGUAAAGGCGGUUGGUCGUUGUGCUGGCCACAUGACACCCUGCUCAUUAACUGUUGGCCAAAGAAACAAAAAUUGGCUAAAGAAACAGAUGACCUUAUCAUCUUUGCCUAAAUUGCUUAAAUAUAUAUAUAUAUGCUAAACUUCCCUGUUUGCUGUGUUUUCUUGUGUAUUACCUACUAACAAUUUCGUUUCGUUUCAAAGAAACUAAGAAUGUACAUAGUAUGUAGAUUUCAGAUCUUUUAAAACGUGGUGCAGGUAAAUAUUUAUUAGUGCUAUGCUGCGCUCCUGUCUAAAUAUCUGUAGGGUCUUGCCAACGGCCCUUAAGACACUUCAUCAUCAUCAUCAUCACUCCUUUGAGUUUCUCAUGGAACAUAGGGCCUCGACAAAAAUACGCCACUCUCUACGGUCUCUUGCUAGUUUUUUUAUGGUUUCCCAGCUCAUCCCAGUCCUCUCGGCUUCUUCAAGUAAACUGCGUCGCCAUGUUCUUUUUGGUCUUUCUCUGCGUCUUGUUCCCUGGGGGUUCCACUCUAAGGCCUGCCUAGCUCUGUUGCUGGUAUUUUUUCUAAGGGUGUGACCAAUCCAUCUCCACUUCCUCUCUAAGAUCUGCACUUCUAUAUUUUUCUGUCCACUCAUCUCUCACAGUUUGUCAUACCAGUGUAUUUUUAGGAUAUUUCUCAGGCAUCUGUUGAUGAAGGUCUGUAUUUUUUUGUUGUUGUUGUCGCUUCAGUUGUUCUCCAUGUUUCAGAACCAUACAGUAGGACCGCCUUGACAUUAGAGUUAAAGAUUCUUAGUUUAGUCUUGUUUGAGAUGUGAGGAGAUUUCCAGGUUGGUUUUAGCUGUGUAAAUGUCUGACGCGCUAGAUUUAUACGGCGUUUAAUGUCUUCAUCUGUUCCACCUGAUAUACCGACUACACUCCCAAGGUAUAUACAAUUUCUACUUGGUCUUUUGAAUGAGAAUCCAGUACUAUGUCUCCAAUUUGUUUAUUGUUUACUUUAAGUACUUUUGUUUUUUGGUGGUUUAUUUUGAGGCCUACUCUUUUUCCUACUUCGCUUAAAGAUGUGACCUUUUCUUGCAUAUCCUGUAGUCUGUGUGAUAAUAGGGCUAUGUCAUCUGCGAAUUUCAGCUUUGUGUGAGAGUCCAUUGGCUUCCUUUCCCUGCGUUAGAGUAGGCUUCUUUUGUGACCCAAUCCAAUACUAGAAGGAACAGGAGUGGUGAAAGAAGACAUCCCUGUUUGACUCCUGUUGUGACUGGAAAUUCCUCUGACACCUUCCACAGUGGGUUACUUGGCAGGUGAAACCAUCAUAAAGGUUCUUGAUUAUGGUUAUUAUUUUAUUGGGGAUCCGCUUAAUGUCUUAUUACAGUCUAGAUAGAUUCUCUGUCUACACUAUCAAAAGCUUUUUCAAAGUCGACAAAAGUUGCAUAGAGAGGAGAUUGUCAUUCAACACAUUGUUCUACAAUUAUUCUGAGUGUAGCUAUUUGGUCAGUACAAGAUUUCCCUUUUCUAAAUCCGGCCUGUUCUUCUCUUAGGUGUUCAUCGCAUGCUCAUUUUAUUCUGUCUAGAGACACUUGACCAAAGGGAAUGAUUUUUUUUCCAGAGGCCAGAAAUGAGAAAGGCUCUUUGCUAAACCACUGUCCAAAUGGCCACCAUCACACCCGUUAUUCUGGGUUAUUAAGCCUUUCUCCAGAUUAGUGAUUCCCAAAGUGGUCCAUAUAGACCCCCAGGGGUCUAUGGGGACUUCCAAGGGGUCUACGGAAGUGAAAAAAUAAAUUGGGGGUCUAAGGCCUGUAAACGGGGGGUCUACGAUAGCGGAUCUCAUUGAAGCAUGUCGAGACUUUAAAUUUCAUUUCCCAUUAAAGAGUUGUGCCUAAGUUAAUCCUUUGAAUUUUAAUCGAAUUAAUUUUUCUCUAUUAUAACAUUUUAAAAUUGUAACAUAUUUUAAAGCUUUAUUUUAUUUUGCUUCAUUUUAAUUUGAAUUUCAUCAAUGAAUAUAUAGCCUAUGGCCUAGAAAUCACAGAGAAAAACACAUUUGAGGUUGAUGAAUAUUACAAAAAAAUGCAGGGGGUCUACCGAAAACUGGAAAACAUGGCAAGGGGUCUACGAGACUAAAAAGUUUGGGAACCACUGCUCCAGAUGCUCAUGCUAGGGCGAUGUCCAACCCCACAAUGUGUUGACCCACAUCUGAGUGCCCGUGAGGAGUGGCGUGUUGGAGCUGCUAGCGGCUUCAAUGCAUCUGGUAGUUUAGAAGCCAACUGGAGUUUAUGGUUCCCUGUUUGCCUAUUUUCUCGUGUACGUUUACACGAGAGUGGCACAAUGAACAUGAGAAAAGACCACAUACGCCUGAUGUUGCCAUUAAGAUUGAAUUGGCAGUGUUCUUUUAAAAGUAGUACACACCAGGGCACAAAUGUUGCCCUAAAUUUCCUAUCUCUUUGUCUACAUGUAGAAAAUCAGUCAAUGCUCACGCUGGCCGUAUUUAGACGGGCACCGACCUUUUGGUAUUAGUGAUCUCAGGCAAUCAUGCUUUAAAUGAGCACAGGAAGGUUCUUUGAUUUACAUAACCUUCAAAGAAAACAUUGUCUGCCAGGUUAUAAUUUGGCAGUUCAUUGUCUUCACAAUGUCCGACUUACUACACAUAGAACAAGAGGCAGAAAAACUACAUAAAGAUGGGCAUUUUGCUGAUGCUUUAAUUAAAUAUACAGAGUUGAUAAAUCUAGACAGUUUUAACUCAGUCAAGUGGCUUUUAGAAAGAGCAGAAUGUUAUCUAGAAUUAACCAAUUGGAACAAGGCAUUAGAAGAUGGAAAGAAAGCAAUACAGGAAAGUCAGACCUAUAAAGACAAGAAUACAUCAGCUGAUGAAUUUAUUAUUAGAGCAUCCAUUCUGUGUGGAAAGGCAUGUUCAAAGCUUGGUUUUUAUACAGAGGCUCUUGAAUAUUUCAAAGAUGGUCUUAAGCUGGAUUCUAAAAAUGCAAUAAUCAUUCAAGAACUGAAACUAUUGCAAACCACUAUUCUAAAUGAACAAAAGGUGGAAUCAGAUACUCAGGACUGUACGUACUCAGCUGUCUCUCUUUGUUCACAAGCAAUAUAUCCAGGAGAUGAUCAACUUCUAAAUCUGGAGAAAGAAAUUUUAACAAUCAAGUAUAAAAUUCUUGAUGAUGAGUUUUACAAUAGAGCAAGUCAAGCAAAGAAAGAUGUUCAGCUUGAAGCUCAUCUAGUGCAAGCAGCCUAUGAGUGUCUGAUUGCUGAGCAACUACAGGAUUCAUUAAAUCUAAUUUCUAAAGCUGUCAGUAUGGAUCCUGGGAAUGUUUUUUACAGAUCAUUUAGAGCUCAGGUGUAUUUCAACAUGAAACAAUGGCAUAAAGUCAUUCAGGAUUACUGGGUUAUCCCUAAACCAAAGAGGAAACCUGAAGUAUGGAAACAAGGAGGUAAGGCUCUUCUAGAACUCUGGCUUCCCGUACUGGCUGAGUUUUGGCUGCGUAAGGCAACUCAGUUAUCAGGAGGGAAUGAUGAAGAGGCAGCAUUUCUGUUUCAAAAAGUCAGAGUUAGAAGACUAUAUGAACCACUUACUGAAGAUCAACCAAUUAAGGUUGAUUUCACAAAAUUUGGCAGGGCAGUAUUUGCUAAAUGUGAUAUCCCUAAAGGUCACACUGUCAUGACAGAUAUUCCAAUGGUGAUGGCUCAGUCCCUUGGUUCCAGGGAUAUACCAGCUUGUUGUAACUGUGCUGUCUCACUAAUCACCCCCAAGGCUUACUUCAAUGAUAAGCUUGAACUAAUGGACAAAGAUCAACUGGAUCUGGUUCAAGAAUACUGGCCCAAUGUGUCUAUAGAAGAAUGUACUCAUUGCAAGGAAGAAAUCUAUUGUAGCAAACUAUGUAGAAAAGAGGCUUGGGAUACAUACCAUCGUAUCAUUUGUCCAAGUUUGAACCCAGCAGCAGCAAAGAUUUAUUCUAUUUGUCAAACCAAAGGUUAUGGGUACACUGAUGAUGGACAAUGGACUGAGAUAUGGGGAGGACACUACAGCCCAAUGAUUUUGGUUAAAAUUUGGGCCAUUAUUGCAUCUCAAGCUCAAGAUAUGAUGACUAAAGAUGGUCUCACAGAGCCAACAACAGAACAUUGGGCUAAAGCAAAAGCACCAUUUAGAAGAUUCAUUGCCUAUGGUACCAUGCCUGCUAUCAAACGUAUGCCUCAUAUAUUGCCAGUGUUUCAAUCUGUAUUUGCUACUUGUGGAGGAGGUUUAAAAUUUAAUAUAACAGAAGAAGAAUUUAAUGGUCGCUAUUACCAAGCUGCUUGCAAUCUGCAGUGUUUUUCACCAUCAAUCACACCAUAUCAUAAAUUUAUGGAUAACAUCAAGGAAGACAUCAGAGCUAUUGGUAUGUUGAAAUACUUGACAGAAAGACCACCAGAGGCCCAGUUUGCAGCUAUGUGUCCUUUGCAUGCAUGCAGUAAUCAUUCUUGCUUUAAUAAUGCUGAGGUUUGUGACUUAGACAUUAAUGGCCGCCCAGGGAUACAGAUGAUAGCUAAACGAGAUAUCAAAAAAGAAGAAGAGAUCUGCAUAACUUAUAUAGACACUGCUAUGCCAAAAUUACUACGAAAAGCUUGGUUAUAUAAAUCCUUCAAUUUUUGGUGUUCAUGUCAGCGGUGUGAGUUUGAAGGAGAACAGCCUAAUGAAUGCACUAACUGCCAUCUUAAGGCUCAAGAUGGGAAGAAAUUUUUAGCUUGUGGUCAAUGUAAGCGAGCCUGGUACUGUGGUGUGGUUUGCCAGAAAGAGGCCUGGAAGAAAGGUCAUAAAAUAAUUUGUCAGACUGACCACUCACAGGUAAACAGCCCUGAAGGUUAUAAGUCUUAAUUAGUGGCACUAGACUAUGUGCUUGAUUAUUCAGCAUUAUAAGAGGCAGUAACCAAUUGAUGUGAAGAUCUGUUCCCAAAUAAAUGAAGACUGUCACUUUUACUCUUUAAAAUCUGAAUGUAUUUCUAACACUUGUUUUUCUCAUUGACUGAAUUUGAAUUCAUUUGACUUUUAGGGGUUUAGGUGCACUGACUUAAUUUCACAUCUUCAUACAUAUUUUCUGGUACCGGUAGUUAAAAUAGAUAAAAUAAUUGAGUCAAAACAUUUUCUGGGAUGAAUUAAUCUCUUGGAACAGGUUUGCACAUUGUUCAUAAAGACUCGCUGUUGAAGCUUUACACCUAGUCUCUGUUCAUGUGUGCUACCUGUGUUUUGAAAAAUACACUGAUCCCAAAUACACUGCUCACUUGCUUUGUAAAUCACUAUGAAUCUUACUAUCACACUGUAAACGGCCUUUCAUUUUUUUUUUCAUGCAUUUUAUUAGACAUUGUAAAAUCUUUUCUGGAAAGAUUUUAAAAUCCAAUUCCAUAAUAAUUUGUUUCUAUAAAUUUGCUUUUGGAAAAGAUUUUACAGCUUGAUAUUUUAGCCAGAAACUAGAUACAUAAAUAGUCACUUUAGUUUAUAAACCUUUAUAAACCUACUUAUCCUAAGAAUGCUUUAAAAUGAUUAUUAUACAUGCAUGCUAGAUCUUUUUUUUUUUAAAUAUUUAGUUACUUAGGUUAAACUAAGAACAAUAACUCUAAUGCCUGGAUCCAUCUUUUCACAUUUAGAAUAUGGAAAUAAAAAUACAUUCCCUUACAAUGGAUUGAGACUAAAUCAUGAGGUUUUUUAGUCUAAAAAUAUUUUGGUAAUGCAAAAAAUAAAAAAAGGACAACUACUUUUAGUGAUUUAAAUAUUCAUAAAAAUUGUUUAUA